AUGCCACCUAAGAAGAAGAGGCGCACAAAUGGAGUUGAUACACCUCAAGGCUCACCACCUCCUGAGCCCACCACUCCUACUCUAGACUCAUGGCCUGGUUGGUGUGAGAUCGAGUCUGAGCCAGCCUUCUUUACAACAAUCCUCAAGGACAUGGGCGUCCGCGAUCUUAGAGUCCAUGAGGUUUUUGGUGUCGAUGAUGAUGCUCUUGCCAUUUUACCCAAGCCGGUACAUGCAGUCAUCUUCCUGUUCAAAUAUCAAGAAGACGGCACCGCCGAGCAAGUUCAAGAGAAGAUCUGCCCGCCUCAUGUCUGGUUCGCCAAUCAAAUUUCUCAAUAUGCUUGUGGAACUGUGGCUUUGCUCAACAUCGUCAACAACAUCCCCAACCUUGAACUCGGCCAACCCCUGGAGUCUUUCAAACACUACACUCAAUCAUUCGAUCCCGUCGCUAGAGGCUAUGCCAUCGACAGCUUUGAAUUUGUGCGCAAGAUACACAACUCAUUCGCACGAGAUACUGACAUGCUCAUCGUUGACUCCGCUGUAAGAUCUAAUCCUUCGCGCAAAGCCAGGACCAGCAAAUCAGUGGUCGAAGCAGAAGAAGAGCAAGAAUCAGAAGAAUCCGGCUUCCACUUUGUCGCUUAUAUGCCGAUUGGUGAAGACGUUUGGAAGCUCGAUGGUCUUGAUUCGUUCCCGACAACCAUCAGAAAGACAAGUCCUGGCCGAGACUGGUUAGACGUCGUUCAGACAUCACUCAGCGUUCGCAUGGCUCAAUAUGAGGAAGGGCAGAUUCAAUUCAGCCUAAUGGCUGUUGUUCAAGAUCCGGUCGACGAAGAUCGCCGCCUUCUUGCUCAGAAUGUCUUAUCACUCCAGAAGACGGAACUGCUACUCAAUCAAGCGUUUCAAGACUGGCGCAACUACACUACUGCAGAUCACGAGGAUUGUACCUUGUUCGGUGGAAGUGAGGAGUAUGGAUUGACAGACCGGAUGAUUACAGAAGCCGAGAUAUCCGAAAACAUGGCGCAGCAACUCCACUCCAGCUCCUUAGAAAGCCUCCUGAAGGCACGACAAGAGCUGAUAACCAAUCAAGCUGGUUGUCGAGCACAGGUACGCGACUCGCAACAAGCAAAUAUGAUGGAUGCAGAAGAGUCCAUGCACCGCAGGCAUGAUUAUGGUUCGUUCGUCAAGGCAUGGAUGCAGGCCCUGGUCGACAACGAAGCUCUCAAAUCCUUGGUGGACGAGGCGCCCACGAAAUGA